UCGAUUCCUUAUAGAGCAUUUUCCAUACAAUUGUGUCCGUAUCAGUGAAAGUCGAUGCGUUCCUGGAUAUGCGAACGGAUUGAGUUUCAUGUUCUCUUUUCUGCAGCAGAAUAAUUAUUUCAGUGGCUUUUUCAGAACUUCAUUCUAGUGGCGACAGUUUGCCUUUGCUGUAUGGCAAGAACCCAGAACACAUGUUUAGUGCAGAUUUACAGCAGGGCUUGUUCCUCGGGUUUAUUGCAGAUCUACUGCAGGGCUUGUUCCUCGGGUUUAUUGCAGAUCUACUGCAGGGCUUGUUCCUCGGGUUUAUUGCAGAUCUACUGCAGCCUUGUGCAGGGCUUGUUCCUCGGAUUUAUUGCAGAUCUACUGCAGGGCUUGUUCCUCGGGUUUAUUGCAGAUCUACUGCAGGGCUUGUUCCGCUGCCACUGCUGCUGCUGUCAGUGGAUGUACAGUCAGUUCUGUGACUGUUGGAGAGCCAGAGAGACCAAGCUUCAAGAGAGGAGGACAUGAGAUGAUCAUGAUGAUGGUACACAGAACACGGAUUGUCAAGUGCACCGUGCAGUGAAGUCACUCCACAACACGCGAUAGUCUUACACCCACCAUGGCUUUCUCGCAGGCACAAAGGGAGUCUAUCCAGCAGAUCGUGGCAGCCAGCGUGGCAGCAGCCCUCAGCGGCAACGCACCGGAGAACGUCACGGAGCACCAAGAAGACGGUAUGUGUGCUGAUGAAUUCAUGCACCAUACGAACAUGGGUUACCCCUCCUGCAUUUCGCAUGUCUCGUUGGAGACAGUCGAUCGGAUCAGACGAAUCGAGUAUAUAGAUCUGGCAAUACUGCUCCCGCCCAAAUCUAUUUCUACCGGGGAGCCAGCCCCUAAGAGGUUCUGCAUAGACGAGGAAGGGGCAAUUUCGGUGACAAGCGCACCAAAAGGAAAAAUUGAGAACCUUGCCACGUGGACCGAGACAUGGUCUAUCUUUAGUCUGAUCGCCAUCCGCAAUCAACCUCGCUGCGCCGCUGCACUGAUGCAGCAUCAAAUACGCAUGGUACAGGCAGCCGGGAAGUACCGCUUCUCGGCAGUCGUGGACUAUGACACGCGGGCACGCCAGGCCCAGUCAAAGGACCCAAGCUGAUCCCUGGCGGAGCUCGACACGGAGCUUUUCGCGACCUGUUUCACGGGACAGGCCCUCCCCAAUUGCAGCAUUUGCAAGAAGGUGGGGCACUUGGCCGGAGCACACAUCUCGGCCUUUCGCGACAAGCAGGCGAAAGAUAGUGCAAGCACUAAAUCAACCAAAAUCUGCCGCCGCUACAAUCACGGCGCCUGCAGCGGCCCAUGUCGCUUUCGACACGCCUGCCUCUUCUGCUCAGGCUCGCACGCCGUGUCAGCCUGUCCAGCCAAGAAAUAAGAGCGAACAGCAAUCAGCCCCGGCACCACUUUCUUGCAUUCACCCACCCCCUAACACCCCUAUGAACAUUGCAUUACACCCCAAAAUCCCUAUCAAUAUUGAUGCAUUACACACUGAAUUGCUGGCGCACCCUAAUCCUGCAUUUGUUCAUUCUCUAAUUAGCAAUUUACAUGCCGGCUGUCGUAUCGGGUUCGCCGAACCCCGGUAUGUGUCCGUACACAGCCCGAACUUGUCUUCAGCGGCAGCACACCCCGAGGUCGUCGACCAGUACCUGGCCACGGAAGGCAGUCACGGCCACACCGCUGGCCCCUUCAAAGCGCCGCCAUUCGUCCGUCUGCGCACCCCAGGCGAAGGUGUGGGCCCCAAGAAGUCGGGCGGCCGCCGCCUCAUCAUGCACCUGUCCACCCCCGAUGGGAACAGCGUCAAUUCGUUCAUUGACAAGCAGGCCUACCGUUUCUCUCUAAUUACGAUUGACACGAUAGCAGAACACGUGCGCAGGACGGGCCCCGGAGCCUUCCUGUCAAAGGUGGACCUGAAGCACGCUUUCCGACUCUGCCCCGUGCACCCCGACGACUGGCCGCUCCUCGGUAUGUUGUGGAAUGGCAACUACUAUAUCGACACUGUCCUGCCAUUUGGCCUACGCUCCGCUCCCAGUCUGUUUAACUGCCUGGCUACCACCCUAGAAUGGAUCCUCCGUAAGAACUAUAGUAUCCCUGCACUGGAGCGCUAUUUGGAUGACUUCGUCUCAGUGUGUCCAGCAGCCGAGUCUGUCACGUCCUCGGCGGCCACGACCCACAAAGCCACUAUUCUGCAGGUCUUUGCAAAACUGGGCGUGCCAACAGCAGACGGCCCGGACAAAGUUGUUGGCCCCGCCACCUGCCUCACAGUGCUUGGCAUCGACAUUGAUUCAGCGGCAGGGGAGCUGCUCGCUGUCUUGUGCUCUGCGUGUAUAUCCAGGCUUGCAAACCACGCGCAUAACAUCCCGCCGGAUGUCCACCUCCCGCCGGAGGAUCGCCUACAGACACCGCCGCCGCAAGCAAUGGCUCCGCGAGCCAACGCUUCGCCACCCGCUGUCUAUUGUUUUGUGUGUCUAUCCAGGGUCGCUAGCCCGCUCGCAUUACAUCCCGCCGAACAUAUAACUCCCGCCGGAGGAUCGCCUACAGACACCACCGCCGCAAGCAAUGGCUUCACGAGCCAACGCUUCGCCGCCCGCUGUCUAUUGUUCUGUGUGUCUAUCCAGGGUCGCUAGCCCGCUCGCAUUACAUCCCGCCGAACAUAUAACUCCCGCCGGAGAAUCGCUUACAGAAACUGCCGCUGCAAGCUACGGCUCCACCGAACCAAGGCUUCGCUGCCUGCUGUCUUUUGUUCUGUGUGUCUGUCCAGGGUCGCCAGCCCCGCUUGCAUAACAUCCCGCCGGAUGUCCACCUCCCGCCGGAGGAUCGCUUACCGCCGCAAGCCACAGCUACGCAAGCCAACGCUUACGUGCCACCCCCAUGCGCCCACCCGCAAGGCUAAGUACCUAUGGAUUAGGCCAAUAGCAGAGGCUCCCACCCCGCGGGGCUGGGGGAGGGGGGCUCUCGGGUCGUAUUUGCAUUAGCCCCACAGGAUGAGGGCGAACCUCGGCCAAACCAGUACAGGAACGCCCCGCCGAGGUCAAGGGGGAGAUCUCCCACUAGCAUAGCCCACGGGUCCCCUGCUUACAAUCCACAGCCACGCUGCCGGGCCAGUGUGUUCCGGUAAGCGGGCCGCUGUUCAGCGACCCGGCGCAGCACGCAUACACGGCAGCUCGGCGUGGCCGCCGUACCAUCCUGCCUGUUUAGAAAACAUGCGCGUGUGCGGGCGUAUGCGUGUGUGCGUUUGUGUUGCAUGCGCUUGUGCCUGUGUCCUCCUAGGCUUGCUAGCCGCCGCUCUCUCAGCGCGAGCAGAGCACCUGAUUGCCAACUCGGUAGCCACUGGCACACAGCGCACGUACGCCCCAGGCUGGCGUUCAUUCCUGGAGUUCAGGGGUCGCAUGCGCCGCGACACACAUCACCCAGAUCAGAACGACGUCCUGCUGUUCGCUGCCGCAAUGUCUCACUCAGUCCGCGCCAGCACUCUGAGAGUCUACCUGGCCGCGAUCAAAUACCACCUCCUCCGCAUGGGAGGCCCGGUCGGGGUUACAUCCUCAAGCCGCAUCACAGCCCUGCUCAUGGGCUUAGAGAGGGAGAGAGCGUCGCUUCCCAGACAUCCGUCAGCACGCCCUCAGCGCCAAGCGAUCACCGUCCACCAGCUGAAGGCUCUCCGCCAGUUCUUGAAUCGGUCCUUGUACUCCCCUGCAGACAGACUAAUGCUAUGGGCUGCUCUUACGACAGCCUUCCACGGCCUGCUGCUGUGUGUGAGUGAGUACACGUCGCUCUCACCACACGGUCCCGGCGGCCUCAAGACGCUGAGGCACGAACACCUCCGGCUAGCCCAGCAGGAGGCCUCUCUGCAGCUGCAGAGGACGAAGACGUCUCAAUUAGCAACAGGCGGGGAGGUAGCGCUGAAUCGCUACGCUGACCCCGCACUAUGUCCCGUCCGAGCCCUGCAGGCUUACGUUCGGUCCAGCAAAUGGAGCAAUGACAAGCAACCCCUAUUCAAGUUUCAGGAUGGUCGCCAUCUCAAGCCGAACGACAUCAAUGCUGUCCUACACAAAGUGCUAGGUCCAAGCAUCAGCAGCCAUUCCUUACGCGUCGGGGGAGCCACACACAUGGCGGAUUGAGGCGCACCAGAGUAUGCCCUGAUGGCUGCAGGCCGCUGGUCCAGCAGGGCAUAUCGCACGUACAUUCUCAGGCCCGCAGGCAUUCCACAGCACUACUAGAGCCUGCGUGUCGCAAGCCAUUCGGUACCUUUAUUGGAGGCACGGGUGCUGCCGAUGGGCGCUGCAUAGUGCACGCACAUCGGCACCAUUGAACUAUUCAUUUUUUCUAAGAUUUAGUGUUCCGCUGCCAUAGCAACCUAGUAGUACACAUAGCCGUUCUGACGGCGCAGGACCCCGCGUGUCUCUUCUGCUGUCCUUGCCUCUCUGAUGUGUGAUAUGUGUACAUCAUUUAUAAUCAUAACCUCAUACUGAGUACAUGUACGUCAUACUUGAUUACCGAUCAGAGCCUCAUGAUUACUCACGCUGGAAUACACGCUUGCGACACUAGACUGUGAGCCAGGCACCAAAAAUCCUGUUAGAAUUUUUUUUCGUUCCGACCUUGAGCGUACCGCAAUUUUUUUCCCCAGUUCGUUUCAUCUACUCGACUAGAUACGAAUUCAGCUUGUUGUCACUUCCAAAUCAGGCACGAACAUGCCCAAAUAGAAGGGAGAAACUACUUUGGCCAAAUCAAUAGCCGCCAUCGACAAGAACCAAGGUCACAAGAGCUGGAGCGGACUUCUGUUGCACCACUGACCUCGCAAAAAUGUACGGUGGUGCAAACCCAGCCGCAUCAUGACGAUGUUUUUUCGUGGUUUCUAUAGUAUUGUGUGCAGUGCUAGUGCAGCGCAGUGGCAGUACGAACAUCAUCAUGUCAAUCAUAUCAGUGUGCUAGCAUGCUUGCUGCUGAUCAGUCAAGCUAAACUAAAGGUUUUUGUAAUCUGUUGGAGCAGAAAUACAUGUAGAACGUACAAUGUACCUUAUCUCCGGAGAGCUAAUAACUGUUUCGAUCUUUUAUACUGAAGUGCUUCAGACUAUGAUUAAUUGUAUCUUUCCGCUUGUGUUCUGUACAUACAAUGGGUAAUGGAACUAAUGCUUCAAAAUAAUUAUUAUUAUUAUAGUUCAAAUAAACUACAGAUCUGUAUCUACCGGUAUACCCCUGCGGUCCUCUAACGUUACUGGUUACGGUCAUUGCUCUACCCUUUGCACUUAUAAGUUAGGAAGCAAUACAGCAGUACUUACGAAGUAACGUUACAUUGAUCAGUUAUAUGAGUGCAAAUAUACAAAUCCUGUAUCCAGCAACUUCUUUAACAUUAUUCUGCCAUACUGUACAUGUAUAUAUUAUAGAGAUGUAGAGGGUGAAAUGAGCAUUGCACCGGAUUAAACCAGAUUCUCCUGGCUGUUGUUGAUGGUCUUUUCCAACCGUUGUCUGGAGAAUUCGCUGCUGCUGGGCUUUGUAUAUUGAAUGCCACCUGUUUGUUCUGUACAUUAUCAUUCCUGAAAUGCAUUUCGUGGUUGUCGGCACCAUUUCAUGUGCACUUACCUACCAGUGCAUCGUCACUUCGAGUAAUAUUUAAAAUGUGCACGUACUUUAUACAAUGCACUUAUGCGUAAUUCUAUAAUUUUUGGCCACGUAUAGUUAUUUUAACCCAGCUGCAAUGACGCUUGAUAUACA